AUGUCUUCGCAGAUAAGUAAUGGUUUGGGCUCUAAAUUAUCUUCAGGUUGUUGCACAAAUGGUCUAUUAUUACCCAGCAUUAAGGUCCCGCCAGUCAGUAGGGUCAGGGUUCAACUGGAGAUGCAUUCACUCUGGCAACAGUUUGAUCAACUAGGCACUGAAAUGAUCGUCACCAAGGCCGGAAGGAGAAUGUUUCCAACAUUCCAGGUACGAAUCUCAGGAAUGGAUCCUGCUUCUGAAUAUGUUCUGCUCAUGGACUUUAUUCCUGUAGAUGAUAAAAGAUACAGAUAUGCUUUCCACAGCUCAUCAUGGUUAGUGGCCGGUCGAGCAGAUAUCGCGGCUCCAAGCCGUAUGCACUUCCACCCGGACUCACCAGCUCGUGGAGCCCAGUGGAUGAAGCAGACUGUGUCCUUUGAUACUCUCAAGUUGACCAACAACCUGCUUGAUGACAAUGGGCAUAUGAUACUGAAUUCUAUGCAUCGCUACCAGCCACGUUUUCACGUCGUAUAUGUGGAUAGGGCGCCCAACAGCCAUUUAAAUGCCCACAGAAACUUUUGCUCCUUCUCCUUUCCGGAGACACGCUUCAUGGCAGUCACUGCCUAUCAAAACCACAGGAUCACUCAGCUGAAGAUAGCCAGCAACCCAUUUGCUAAAGGCUUCAGAACAACAGACACACAGGAUUGGAGUCGAGGCUUGGUGUCGCAGCUGCACUUCAGGGACUGA